UUCUAUUUAAAAAUACGUUCCUUGCAUAAACAUUGAGCCAAAGUUUUUAGUGGAAGAAGAUAGACUUUGAAAACGCACAUUCAAAACAAAUUCAUCAUAAAUCCUAAUCACUAUCAAGUCAACUCAACUGAUUACUGGGUUCUAGUCGUCUACGAAGCAAUCAGAGCUCGAUCAGUGAAGGAAUGGAAGAGGGAAAUCAGGCGAUGAAGCUGUAUUCGCACCCCAUGAGUUCCUGCUCUCGUCGUGUUCGCCUCGCUCUCAACUUAAAAGGGAUCAAAUAUGAUUGCAUAAAUAUUACCUCCACAAAUCAUCCAGAGCUUCUAAAGGUGAAUCCUAUGGGAUAUGUGCCUGCACUUGUCGAUGGCACUAUUGUAAUUUCAGAUUCUUACGCCAUCUUAUUGUAUCUAGAAGAGAAAUACCCUCUGCAUUCUUUAUUACCUCAAGAUCUUACAAGAAGAGCAAUAAAUUACCAGGUUGCAAGUAUCAUUUCUUCCAGCAUUCAACCUCUUCAAAAUAUGACUUUAGUUAAUUAUAUUGGGGAAAUUGUUGGUCCUGAAGAGAAGCUUCCGUGGGCUCAACUUCAUAUCAGGAAAGGAUUUGCAGCUCUAGAGAAGCUACUAAUGAAGUAUGCUGGAAAAUAUGCAACUGGAGAUGAAAUUUACUUGGCAGAUUUAUAUCUGGCACCCCAACUUGAUAAUGCAAUCAAUCGUUACAAGCUUGACAUGAGUCAGGAUGAGUUCCCUCUACUAAUUAAAUUAAACGAGACUUACAGCAAACUGCCAUUUUUCCAACAGAAACCCAAAAACCAAAACCAUCCCGACUGA